GCGCAUUUGAAUGGUGGAUGUGAACAAAUAUGUGUGACACAUCAUACAGACAGCGACACGUUCACAAAGAGGUGCGAAUGUACCCAUGGCUACACUUUAGCUGCGGACCAAUCAUCAUGCACUUCCGAUAUAGCAAUGAAAGACAACUUCCUUCUCGUCAGUGACAGAACGUUAUUUGAAAUUCAGCAGAUCGAACUGAAUACUCAGAAGAUUCACACCUUACCGCGCGAAGAUUCCUUUGAUCCACGCGGCAUCUUCUUUGAUGCGAAAACCUCGAAGGUGUAUUGGUCGGAAGACGAUAAUUCGAUUGUAUUCGAGUCAAACUUGAACGGAACUGAACAGCGAGCCUUUGCAGACAUCGGAUUUGGCACACCAGCGCGGUUCGCAAGGGACGAGACGACGGGAAUUAUGUACUACACGGCUAGCGACUGGGCCCAUAUCGGUAUGAUAACAAAGAGUGGCGAGGUGUUCGAGCUCGACGAGGCCUUCUUUUUCGAAGCUAUGGAAUCCAUCGCGGUUCAUCCUCAGAAAGGGUGGAUGUAUUUCACCGUGGACGAUUCUCGCUUCUUUGGAGACUCAUAUGUAGCCAGAGCGGAUAUGGACGGCAAAAAUAAGCGGGAGCUGAUAACGAAAGCAAACGGAAGCUACGUAAUUGCACCGGACGGUCUUUGCAUUGACUAUAUCCACCAAAGAUUCUUCUGGAGUGACCGGCAGUCCAACAUCAUACAGGAGUGCAAUCUGGAGGCCACCAAGUGCACCACGAUCGUCAACAAGACCGGCGAACACGCCGAGAUUCGCGACCUAGCGACCGACGGCACCCUUCUGUAUUACACGGAUUCUUUACGAGAUCACGUGGUCACUAUAAAUCUGGACACGCUCGCGGAGGGGACGUUGUACGGCGAGGGACUCGGGCGGCUGGAGAGCCUCUCUCUGUAUCGGAAUGACAAUCCUAACACGCAACCAGUCGCCACAAAGUGCGCUGCCCGCGGGGGUCUAGGGGACUGCAGCGACAUCUGUGUACCUGUGUCCAGGGACGCAGGGCGCGUGUGCAUGUGUGAACGGGGUGUCAACUUGAAGGGCGACGGACGCACGUGUGCUAACGCAUUCCAGUGCGCAGAGUUCAUAAAGCAGGAAAACGGGGUCACGGUGACUUUUGAGUACGACAAGUGCUUGCGUCACCUUGGAGAAACGUGCAAGAUCGUCUGCCCGGUGAACUUCGAGCCUGUGAACGCCAACCUUGAGCAUCAGACGUGCGGUCGCGAUGGCUGGUCAGGGGAAACGGAAAUACUCUGUAUAGAGAAGAAAUGUCCGGCAGUAGUUCCAAACGCGAUUCUUAACAACUGUGACCGGAAGCCGGGAAACAAAUGUCAAUACGCAUGCGUUGCUGGUUUUCAAGCAACUUACGAAACUGCCAUCUGCAUGAACAAUGGCGAAUGGAACGUAGAUCCGAAAUAUUUUUGUCAAAGGCGCACGUGUUCGUCGACCAUAGACUUUGGUACGAUUGACUCGAAUUGUAACAGAAGUUCCGGCAGCGAAUGCGCGUUCCAAUGCGCGUCCCCAUACCAACCGGUUGAUAAGUUGCGCGGAAGGUUAAAAUGUGGAUCCGACGGAAAAUGGGAAUUUCUUCCGGCCUGCGAACUUGCAAGGUGUCCGUUAAGUUUCGUGGCCGGGGACGCAGUUUUGGACACUUCCUGUACCUCUACGACGGUAGGGGGCGCUUGUCCAUUCACCUGUCCGUCUGGUCAGAGGCAUCUGGUUGACAAAGUCGUCUGCCGCAGUGACCAGAAUUGGUACCCGGAAAACCCGUGCGAAGAAAUGACGGCGUCGGUUGCGUCGGCAAGUACCGGAAGUGGCGGCGGCAUAUCAAAGGUCGGCGCUGGCGUCGGCUUUGCCGUUCUGGCGGUCAUCGUGGUUGCACUGAUAGUGCUGCUUGUGGUCUUUCUUGUCAUUCGAAGACGUCGCGGCGAUUCUCCGUACACGACUGCCUCGUACCACAACGGUCGAGGAAAGGAUGGUGUUGCCAUAGAGAACCCCGGGUACAUGCAGACCCUCGGGGAAACUCCGACCACCGGGCGAAGAACCGCGGAAAAUCCUUACUCGUCCGUGGAUGUUGCGCAGAUGCAGCCAGUUACGUUCGAUCCGCUUCCAAGCAAUCCGGGAAAUCUCGGAGCAGACGACGACGGUUUCUUCAACCCGCUCUACCGGAACCAGGCAAGCCUCGCCGAGGUCGCGCACGUGGACAUAACGCACGAGGUCACGGCAGACGACAAGAAACUAACGAACGAUUCUUGGCUGAAAGAACAGUCCCGGAAAAAGUAGAUCAAAAAAACGUUAUAUUUAGAAUUGAGUGUGAAACUGUCGUAUUCGCUUCAUAUUUUUCUAUCGAAUGCAAUAGAUUUGCGCUCACUUCAUAAAGCGGACAACGACUAAUAACGUAGUCGAAGUUCGUUAUUUCGAAGUCGCCGGAACAAAAAAAGGCUUGGAAAUAACGUGUAUUCAAGUUAAACAUUGCAUAUAUUGGCAUUGAAGUCAUAGAAUGAAUGCGGUUGUUGAAUGCAAGGCUUGAUGCAUUGAAGUCAUAGAAUGAAUGCGGUUGUUGUAUGCAAGGCUUGAUGCCGAAACAUUAAGUUUAAAUAUGUUAUUGAUUGAAUCAUAAACACAGAACAUAAAUACAUUACUGAUAAAAAUGUUUCUGUGAUUAAAUCCGUACGGCGACAUAAGAAAUAUUUUAUUUAACAGUCUCUGUUACGUUCGCACGCCAUAGUUCUAAACUGCGCAAGUAAUAGAGAUUGCUGAAUGAAAUAUUUCCUAUGUCCCCUUUAAUAUGCCGCCGUAGAUGUGUUUAUUGGAAUUUAUGUUUACAUAAUUCCGGAUGUGUAUGAUAUUAAGUGAUUAUAUAUUUUAUUAUAUGAUGUUUUUCUUUUGGUGAGGAUAACAUAUCAAGUCCUUACAAUACCCCAAUACUAGUAUACAUGGGCAUUAUUGAAUAAAAGUCUCGAUAUCAAACAUCAAUAUAGAUCAAAGUUUGAGAUUUUAGAAGAAAUUUGUGCUUAAAAGCUUAGUCAUGAGACUUAAUCAACGAGACAAAUAAAUCAGUCGACAAACACACGAGUUGUAUCGUUACCUUGUUUGUUUGUAAAGAACGUGUCCUAUUUGCCAGACUAUGAGUCUGUUGGUUCACAGAUGAGUCGCGUCAUGCGAAAAUGGGUCUUCUGCCGUUUGCGCGUUCGAGCAGUCCGGUAAGCAACUACUAUGU